UGUUGGGCGGGUAGAGCAGGGCGGCCUCCAACCUUGCAAUCCUGCGCGGGGAAGGCGGCGGGUUGCUCCCGAGCUGCGGCAGAGCAGCGUGACGCCUCCGCCUCGGGGAUCCCGCGCUCCCACCCAGCCCCCUCGUCCGGGAUCGUCCUCGGAGCCAAAGGAGCCUGGGCGGGUUGCGUUGCAUUGCAUUGCACACCAGAGCCUUGAGCUGCGCGCCUCGCUCGCCUUUCCAGCGCAACGGUGCAGGCCGGAGGCUUGGCGGGCCGGGGAAAGACGGGGUUCUGGGGAGCAAAGGAGGAAGGGGCGAUCUCCCCCCCCCAUUUUCUGUCCGUCUCUCCUGCGGGUGGCCGCCUUUGCAGGGCCGGCACCGAGCUCCUGCCUGGGGGUGGGGGGAGGCGGGAGGCGGCGAAUGCGCUGGUUCCGGCUUAAUCCGUUUGGGAGAGGAGAAGGGGACAGGCCGGUUUGCACUUCCCUUGUGCCCGCUGGCCCCGAAUAAAGAGGCAGAGAAAGAGGUUUUAAUCUGGUAAUGCUGUUGUUCCUUUCACCAGUGGAUCCGCUGCCAGCAUCCUAUGAUUUCAGCUGUAAAAAUAUCUACGAAGGUCAUCUGAAGAGAAAGUGAAUAAGAGGGGAGCUUCAGAAGUAGACGAGAAUCGAGGAGUUGAGUUUUUGCAGCUCGACAUUUUGAACAAGCAAAUUUGAGAGGAGCGAGAGGACCCCAUUCGUUGGGAUGGAGGAGCGCUGGGAAAUGCAAUGGCAGCAGUUCCUCAAGACGCUGGAAGGGGUUCAACCAGGAGAAGUUCAACCAGGAGAGGUUCAACCAGGAGACGGCAAGUCCCAGACGUCGGAGGCCUCUCCCUGGGAAGACCCCAAGGUCUUCCUGGCCUCCUUCGAGCAGGUGGCCCAUGCGUGCCGAUGGCCCAGAGGAGAGUGGGUAGCCCAUCUCCUGCCAGCCCUUUGUGGAGAAGCCAAAGAGGCCUUUCAGAAGCUGGAAAUCAGAGAACGGGACAACUAUGAGAAGGUGAAGGACGCCAUCUUGAAAGGAGAAGCCGUGAAAACGGAGGCCCAGCGUCAGCGCUUCAGGCAGUUCUGCUGCCAGGAGGUGGGAGAUCCUCAGAUAGUUUACAAGCAAAUCAAAGAGCUUUGCCACCAGUGGCUGAAGCCAGAGAGACACACCAAAGAGCAGGUCUUGGAGCUGCUGAUCCUGGAGCAGUUCCUGGCCAGCCUCCCACCGGAGCUGCGGAGCUGGAUUCAACCCAGGAGGCCGGACACGUGUUCCCAGGCGGUGGCCCUGGUGGAGGACUUCCUGCGGAGUCAGCAAGGGACCAGAUCCGAAGCACGUCAGGCCUUGUCUUCCCUGUUUCAGGAGCCACCAAAGGAAGGUCCCACCAAUUCCAAACGUGCUGAGAAGGAGCCCUUAGUAACCAUGAAGAGAGAAAACGCCAAGAAGGAGCCCUUAGAAGCUGUGAAGAGAAAAAACGCCGAGAAGGAGCCCUUAGUAGUCGUGAAGACAGAAAACACUGAGGAGGAACACUUAGAAGCCGUGAAGACAGAAAACAUUGAAGUGGAGAUCAGUAUGCCGGCUGCAGGACCUAGAAUCGAAUCCCCAGACCCUCCCAGCUCAUCGCCUCCUUCCGAAAUGGUCCAAACUCCUUUGAAAGAGGAGGUCACAGACCCGAAGGAAAGAGAUGCUUGCUUGCCAGCAGCCGGGGUGAAGUCGGUCCAGCCUGUUCCUGGAAGGAUGGAGGAGGAUCUCCAGUUGCAGCAGAGAAACGUUGGCUCUUCAAUGCAAAAGGAAAGUGAUUCAACAACGGAACCGCCACUGAAGAAAUUAAAACCGGCACCAAAUCGAAAAUACAGUGAAGAUUAUUUGAAGUUUGGAUUUUAUUUCAUGGAAGAAAACGAUCAGCAGAUUCCUGUUUGUGUUAUCUGCAAUCAAGUGUUAUCCAAGCAUUCCAUGAAGCCUUCUUUGCUCCAGAGACAUUUUACAACAAAACAUAAAGAGCACACCGUAAAGCCAAUAGAAUUUUUUGUGAAGAAAAGAGACGAAUUUAUAAAACAACGUGCUACUUCCGUGUUGUCCACAAACAUCUCGAAAAAGUGUUUGGAAGCAUCUUAUGAAUUGUCCUUGAUAGCAGCUAAACAAAAUAAGCCUCAUACCAUCUUUGAAGAAGUCGUGGUUCCCUCUGCCAUUGAAAUUGCUUCAAUUCUCUUUGAUGAAAAAAUGGCUGAUGCUAUUCGUAAUAUUCCAUGUUCUGAUAACACCGUCCAAAGACGAAUACAAGAUAUGGCCACAGAUGUUAUUCAACAAGUGGUGGAAAAGAUUACAGCAGCAGAAAAAUUUGCAUUUCAAUUGGACGAAAGCACUGACAUCGCUGGUAAUGCGCAAUUAAUUGUUUUUGUGCGUGUUCCUGAUUCGGACAAUAUACUGGAACACAUAUUAUUUUGCCGCCCACUACCUGGCAAAACGACUGGAGAAGAAAUAUUCACAAUGAUCGACAAUUUUUUCAAUAAACAUGGAAUAUUAUGGACUUGGUGUGUAGCAAUUUGUUCCGAUGGUGCAGCAGCUCUUACAGGAAGAGCUUCGGAUGUGAUAGCACAAGCUAAGACAAGAAACAGUUCCAUUGUUUCAAAUCAUUGCAUCUUGCAUAGACAUGUACUUGCUUCUAAACAGAUGAGCCCAGUGUUCCAUGAGAUUUUGGAGGAUGCUACAAAAAUAAUAAAUUGCAUCAAAAGCCGGCCAUUGAAUGGACGUUUAUUCCGACAAUUAUGCAAGGAUUUGGAUUCUGAGCACAGCACUCUUCUCUUUCAUAUAGAAGCACGUUGGUUGUCAAAAGGUGAAACAUUAUCAAGAUUAUUUGAGCUACGAGAUGAAACGCACCAAUUCCUGGCAAACAUUUCAUCACCCCUAGCAGAAAAGUUUGAAAAUGUCUCCUGGGUGUCCUGCCUUGCCUAUUUGGCUGACAUAUUUAAAAAGCUAAAUGAACUUAAUCAGUCACUGCAGGGCCACGGUCAUAACGUGUUUGUUAUGGAAGACAAAGUUUGUGCCUUCUACAAAAAGAUCUCCCUGUGGAUAGGCCAAGUACAGAAAGGAAACGUUGCAUCAUUUCCCAGUGUGUCAGACUUCAUUGAACUAAAUUCUGCCGCUGACACUGAAGACAUUAAAACUGCCAUCAAAAAUCAUUUGGACAACCUGCACACCGAGUUUGCGUUGUAUUUUCCAUUCGUGUCCAGGGGAUGCGAUACUGGAAUUCAUUGGGUUGCAUCGCCCUUCAUUAUGGACAAUGUGGUGAACGCUGACCUUUCCUCUCCAGAGCAAGAAGCCCUAAUGGAAGUGAUAUCAAACCGCAGUUUGAAGGAACUUUUCAAUGAAAAAACACUGACCGAGUUCUGGAGCCAAGUGGCAAAACGGUACCCGAAAGUGGGGGGGAAAGCUAUCGCAGCGUUACUGCCAUUUUGCUCCACAUACUUGUGCGAGAAGGUGUUUUCCUCACUUAAAUGUAUAAGAACUAAGGAAAGGAAUUGUCUUCAGCUGGAAUCUGACUUAGUCCUGUCAGUAAGCACUCUCCAGCCACGAGUGCAAAGAAUCAUGUCAGAGAAACAGGCACAAGUGUCCCAUUAAAAGUGUGUGGUAAGUGGGUGCCCUUUAUCACUUUUUUUCCCCUCUUUUUCCUCUGAUUAUCAAGUUUUUGACACCUUUGCCAAUCCCUGGUGGCACUCGAACAUUGUCAUGGCCUAAAAGUAGUACAAUCUGUAAAAAAAGGAUCCGCUGUUGCAACACUAUGCCGAGCAAUAUGCUGCAACCUACGAUGGCAGAAAAAGGAAAAAAAAAUGACACAGGUAGUCCUCAACUUACAACAUUCAUUUAGACAGCCAUUUGACAGCCCUGAAAAAAGUGACUUACGAUCUUUUUUUUCACACUUACGACCAUUGCA